CCCUCCUCCCGGCUGUUGCUGCUGACUGAGGUUCGUGUUCCACGGGGCGGAGAGAGAGAGAGAGAGAGAGAGAGAGAGAGAGAGAGAGAGAGGGCGAAGCCCUCUUCCGUGUCGUCUCGUCCCCUGCUGUUUCUCCCCACCCUUCCCUGCCUCGGCUUGCGCCUCCGACCUUGCCGAAACUUCCACCCUCAGAACCGAAAGGGGUCUGUGAGGAGAUUUUUUGCAGCAGUGCAAUGGAGGUAUUUGGCAAAUCUGUGAUUGCUGAGCCCAGCAAUGUGAUUUUCUUGUCUGCCAUUCUUAACACAGAAGGGUCAAACCCUAGUCACAAGUGUGACAAGAGGUGCCAGAAUGAGCACGUUUUUGGAAACAUGUUCCGUUGCAAACUGACUGGAACCACUCACAUCUGCGACAAAAACUGCAACCAGAGGAUCCUCUAUGAUAACCACAACUCGCUCUGUCGGGUGAGUGGGCAGUUGUUCCCGCUCUCUCCACUCGAGCAGCAGGCAGUGAGGGGUAUCCGCAGGAAGCAUGAAGUUGACAGCAAUGAAGGUUGCUCCUUUAAGCGCAGGCGUGGUGCGCAGCUGCACCCUUCCCCUUUCGAGAGGUCCUACUCUGCUGUGUCUCCAAUCCCCAGCCAGGUUGGAGAUGGCAUGGACCUGAGCUAGAGCUAAUGAGACUUACUUUUCUUCGGCCAGCCUUCUAAUUCCGUUCUUUCUACCCCCUUUUCCCUUCGAUCACAAGAUGGGACUAUAAGAGCUUCCUUCUUUGUAGACUUUUGAAGGGAUAUGAGACUCCUUAGACCACUGAAUAAAUGUCUAUGUAGUGUCAAUUCAGUUUCAUGGAACCUUGUUGUAACUCGUAAACUUUGGUUGAACUGCCUAUUCGGAAUCAGUAGUACUUUCAGAUAAUCAUUUGCUGCUUCUUUUUUCCCCAGUCCUAUUUAAUUUUUUUUUUCAUUUUUUGCUUUUAUUUUACUUUAUGUUCUGUUAUUUUUCCUUUCUAUGUCCUUCUAAUAUUUAUUGUCUGAUGGGCUUUAAUAUAAUCGAGCUGUGUAAAUUUGUUGGACAAUGUAAAUCUUUGAAGGAUUCUUUGGUUCUGCAAUCCAGGCAGCAGGAACCUGACUUUGCUGACUGAAAUUUCUGUACAGCUGUGACUAGUGUUUUGCUUGACAGGUUCCUGAUCAAGCUCAUAUUGUUUACUGUUUGUUCUCAUAUAGCUUGAUUCUAUCUGUUAUUUAACUCUUUUUUACAGGUUAUCUUACUAACAUUUGUUGUUUCCCUCCUAUUCUCUUUUGUUUUGUCUUUAUCCUUAACUUUUGUUGUAUGCAGGACCAUCCAGGUGCUAAUUAUUUUUGGAAAUGUUUUGAUCUUUUAAAUGAUUUAUAUUUAUAUAAUGCUAACUUAAUUUUGUUUGUUAAUUAACUUCUCUCUUUUGUUUUUUCAGGUGAACUGCUAAUCUUUGAUUCCUUUCCUAUCGUCAGUGGCAAGAAACUAAUCAAGGAGGCUCUUCUCAUUGUUUGCAGUGGAGGGUUGUUAAGCUUCAGCUGGGCAGCAUGCUUUGCAGAACAUAAAUCGUUGAUGAGGAGGUUGAUACUACUACUUUGCUAGAUAAGCUUGAGAGACAGAUAACUACAGCGCCCAAAUUGGCAAAAAUACUGCACUUUACCAACUUAUUUGGUAUUGCAGUUUGAAGAGCAGCUACCAUCUGCAGUUUGAAGAAAUCUCACUAGCCUCUCGGUGGCUUCAGGAGCACCCAUCCCACAAUCUUUCUUUCACCCCAAGCAUGUCUUGUUAUGUUAAUCUUACUUAAUGUAACUGUUAGAAUAGUGGGAGUGGGUGCUUUUCUUUUGCAUGAAGUUUCGUUGGUACCCACACCCCCGCCUUUGUAUGUCUAUAUGAACAAAUAUUCUUGGCUAAUGUUAAUUUGUCAGUUCAUUCUA